AUGGUAAAGGCUACAACCAAGAAAAAACAUCUUGCAAAAGUCAACAAGUUUCUCAAAACAUCACAAAAAAAACUGGAUGACCUUUACAUUAAACUUCAGGAGCGCAAUGCGCAUAUUGUUGUGCCAGACGCAGAAGGUACAUUCCAAGACUUUGUGUUUCCUUGUAAUGAGUGUGUGUAUGUGCUUGUUUAUUGUAAAUAUAUUUCAAUCAUUUCCUGGAGAACAUGGAUAAAUACUAUGUUACGCAUCCAACAUGUAAAUGUAACCUACAGAUAUAUAGAGGAACGUUAGCAGUACUGUUUUUCUUUUUUUUUCAUUUUAUAAUCAGGUGGAUGUUUUAGAGACUUCAAACAGCAAAUCGUAACUUUGGAUCAGUUACUGCACUCGUGAUGUGCUGUAUGAGAUUGUAGAAUGACUUAUAGAAAAGAUCACUUACUGAGCAUCAGAUCAGCCACAUUAUACAGCGUGAAAACGUGCAGAAUAAAAUAAAUACUGGCUGAGGAAAGCUUAGCCUUGUUAGUUUUACAGAAACAUAAAACAAAGAUUUGCAGCUUCUCCAGCGAGCUCUGUUUAGAUGGGAAAUCUCUCACCCAAACCUGGUAAUUGCAUUAUUCCCUAUGAGAGCCUAUAUGGGGGGUUUGUGAAAACACACAGAGUUACAAUGUGGCUUAUAGAAUGACCCCAAUUAUGUUGUGACUGGCUAUAAUAAUGGCAAUCUCACUGACAUAUAUAGAAGUUGGAAUAGUUAGUGGAUGAGUUUAUGACGUGACACCUCAAAGAGAAUACUGUUCAUACCGUCUCGUUAUGAUGUCAUCAAGCACAGGGACGUUUAGCUGCAGUGAUUUUUGUUGUUUUUGUUGAUUUUCUGCUGCUCUCAGGUUUUGUGUAGAUUACAAUAUCUUUACUUACAGAUGUUACUGUUAUUGCCUUUUUUAUUUAUUAAGUGAAACUGUCUGCCGACAUUUCUAAAUUCUGUAUUUUUUUUUUCUUGUUACUAAUUUCCGUGAUGUCCAGAGAUCUCAGCUGCUUUUAAAGAUGACACCAGCUCCCAGGCAGAUAACGGGAAGCUGACUGCUUUGCAGAAACAGCUAAGCAUUGAGCUGAAGGUGAAACAUGGAGCAGAGAUAAUGGUCGGUGCAUAUUCAAAUGGGUAUUCCAAAGUAAGUUGGUUAUAUUUAAAUAAGAGACAGAAAAAAAUUCUUUAAACUUUUUUUUUUUGGUGUGGGAGUGGUGGAAACACAUUGUACAAUGCAUAAUUUUUUUCAGCCCAACAGCAUUUUAUCUGAUUUAAGCUAAUAGUAUGUUGGUGAUAUUUGUUCAUGGAAUCAAGAGAUGCGAUAGAAACUACAUUUCCAUGAGUUUGCCGACACCAUCUCAACUAUUUAGUUGAAGGCACAAGCUUUUCUUGAUCGGCCAUUAAUUAUUUUUAAUAUUUCUAAUUGCAAAGCAUGCAACCAAUGUGUAUUUAAUUUUCUAUGUAAAGAUUAUAAUGUGUAUCUUGUUCCAUAAUGCAUGUGUCUAUAAUUUAGUUUGCCUGCACAGAAGCACUGUGGUGUUUGACAUCUGGGUGAAAAUCAUUGUUUAAGGGGUAAUAAUUAGAUCAAAACAUAGUCCAUGUCUGUCCUGGGGUGUGAGCAGUCAGGGCUUAUUUCCUAGAAUAGGGUAAUUGAGGCUACACUUCUUCAUACAUCUCACUCAAUUAUCUGACUAUUCUUAUUGCUGUUACAGAAUGUCAAACAUCUUACUGCUGUCCAGAAAAUACUACAAGACAGCGAGAACAAAAUAGACAGUUUACGUGACUUAAUUCUGGAAGAAACAUCUAUCAUUAAAGGUAAAGGUUCAGUAACCUCAUAUGUAGUUUAAAAGAAGAUUUAUGGGUAACAAUGAAAACUGUUCAAAAACGGUUUGACUACUUAUAAUGGGAUCCAGGGCACUCCUGGCACCAUAACCACUACUGCAAGAUAUAACUCUCUUACAGGAAGGUAUGAGAGAGCGGUGUAUAUCCCGUAGACCUCUAUACUCCAAGGGUUUGUGAGGAAAUGUACAGAUUAUUAUUAAUGUAUAGCACCAGGAAAUUCUGCAGCGCUUUACAGUGGGUGGACUAACAAACAUGUAAUUGUAACCAGACAAGUUGGACACACAGCUACAGAGGGGUUGAGGGCUCUGUACGAUGAGCUUACAUGCUAGAGGGAGUGGGGUAAAGUGACACAAAAGCUAAAGGAAGUAUAGGGAAGUAAUGACAGUUGCAGGAGAGGAAUCAGUCGGGAGCUACUAACAGUUUAACUGAUAUGCUUUUGUGAAGAAGUGGGCUUUUAAUGAUUUUUUUGAAGGAGUGGAGACUGGGUGUGCGUCUAACGGAGAAGGGAUGGGAGUUCCACAGGAAGAUUGUAGCCCUAGAAAAGUCUUGAAGGUGAGCAUCAGAGGUGGGAGUACGGACUGAAGAUAGACGUCCUCUUAGAACUGGGAGCAAAGGGAGUUAUACCAACACGCAAAUACAUUUUAUAUUAUUUACAAAACAUAUAUCUUAGACAUCUGUACAUGAGCCGGUUAAAGCAUUGGGAAUGUUACUGCCUUAGAACUGGGAGACCAAGGUUUGAAUCCUGGUUUAGACCUUGCCAGUAAGUGUCUGUGGGUAGGAUUAAUUACUGAAUGGAUGUACGUUGAGCAGAAACUUCAUUAAACCUAAAUAUCCCCUUUCGAUAAUUGUAAACCACUGCAGAAUAUGUUGGCGCUAUAUAAGGGAUAAUAGUAAUAUCCUGAAAUAAUUUGCAAAACAUUUUACAAGAUAAAUUCUUGUUAGUCAGUCCCUUUAAAAAAUAGCUUUUAUAUCAAAUAGUUCACUGAGAGAUAUUAAAACUUACAUAUUAAGGUGGCGAUCAAAGCCUGACUUAGUGUAAAUCAAACAUACAUUCUGCUGGGUGCUUUAAGCCAUUUAUAUCAAAUCAAGAUCAGUGACCAGAAUAUUGUCAGAGAAACUAAUGACAGACACCUACCUGCGUCUGGAAAAAUUCAGAAAUCUAUGUUCACCUAGAAACAAACAGAUGGAAAACACACUUCCUGAGUCUCAUGCCAACACACCAGUCGGGAUGGUCAUCAAUGCAGACAUGAGAGGGACUUGCAGGUGCUCCUCCAAGGGAACAAAUGUGUAAAAUUCCAAAUAGUGACCUUUGGGUUGAUAGGUUCUGGGAUCAUAAUGUCUUCUUUAAGGACAUAUCAAAGCUUCUGAAUAUAAAGAGCAUUAAAAUAUAUAGAGAUAUAAUGAACAUUCUAAAAACAAGGCAGCUCUAUGAUUAACAUGAUGUUCAUAUGAAAGAAAACCACCUAUGGUCCUUUAAAUGGACAAUUCUUAAUUGUUCUCCGAUGAGAGCUGAAUUACUGCAAUAGUCUCCUUCGAGAAAGGCAACUUCAAAUGUGCCCAGCACUGUGAAUUUAUUCGCUAAGCAUUGUGGAAUACCAUAUUCCAAAUGUUGACAGGCAGGUGAUGCAUGCGCAUCAAUUCUAACAGCCAUCCUGCAGGAGGUGCAUGCUUCAUUUCAGCUAUACAGUAUAUAAACAGGAUAUAUAUCUAUUGAACAUUUAUUGUGUCCCCUCCAAUACUACUGACAUUAUUAGUUUAUACAUAUAUGAGUUAUACAUGAUAUUAUGGGUUUACAUAUAAGCAUUAUUAGUGUUUGAAAAACUGAUUCUUCUAUAAAAUGAAAUAUCAUAAAGAUCUAUGAUUGGAGAUUGUGGUUCUUGUUUUAUUCUCUUUAGCAUUGAGGUGAAAAUAAUUGGAGUAUCAUUAAUCACUGUGAAUGAUAUACAAUACUUACAUUAUGUUAUGUCUAAACCUUUACAGAAGAAACAUCGUUACCAGUUCCGGAGACGGACAUUAAUAUUCUUGCCCCUUCGUUAUUGGUGACAGACGUACAGGAGCCAGAGCCGGCUGGGUAUUCACUUUAUAUCUUUCUAAUCAAUGUUGUUAGAGCCUGAAGCCCUCCUAGUUCACAAUACUAUACAUGUUGAAUUAUCUAUAAGUCCGACAUAUGUUUGCCUACUGCUGUCUACACAUUUCUUAGCAUGUGUAUCAGUCACAGAUUCAUUUAUAAUGCUGUCUACAUGUUGCAUACUUGUGACAAGUAGCCAGAUCUCCUUCUCUUUGCAGGACUCUUAGAAUUCUGCAGUCUGCCAGGCAGGGUGUGAAAGUACUUUGGAUGUCACACAGGAAUGCAGAACUCUAUACGGUGCAAAAACAUAGAAAUCUGCAACCCUAGUUAUAUGUAUUAUUGGGGUGUCCUUUAAAUAAUGCACUGUAUAUAGCAGCAUCAAUGUCUAAAAUAUAAUGAGUAUAUAGAUCGCAUAAUCUGCCAUAAUAUUUUAACGAUUAAACCAGAUAAACUAUUAUUGUCUUCCUUCUGAUAGCGAUAUUCCAAACUUUGAUAUGAAACCAAUUAGCCCACCGGAUGUGGAGUUUGACUCAGAGCCACCUCCUGCUCCAAGUCAAUCAUUUCUACACAGUGAUCAGAGUUGGUUUUCAUUCCAUAUUGAGAUCCCGGACAUACUGGCUCAGGUAAAGAUGUGCUGACUUUAUUCUGGUUGUUUUUAAUCCUUAAACUUAAGUGUAUACUCUGCAUAGAAUAACCAUUACAGCUUAGUGCAGUAGUUCUAGUGCAGAGAGUCUGUGGCUACUAACCCACUUUUUUGUCAAACCAUUUGGGAGCAUUUUGACACUGGACUUUGGCUAGCAUCCAGUGACUGCACCCCUCGCCACAGGGAUAAUGUGGAAUUUACAUUUUUGCGCUAUAAAUAUUAUGUCCAACCGGGACAGCUGUGGGGUUAUCCUGAAUUGUCAGCCAAUCAAUGCCAUCCAGGUUGCAUAAAAUUGCUAUUGAUACAAAAAUGUUAAUUGAUCACUAUCAGUAUGGCUGAAGAGGGGGGAAGUAUCCAGGUAUUUGGGAGAAUCUAAUUGGUUUGACAUUAAACCAUGGAUAGAACCAGGACACUCUAAUUAAUGUAACUACUACAGUGAGCUAGAAUGGUUAUGGUGCUUACAAUUUCCUUUUAAUCAUUAUUUUCUCACAUUCACUGCUUCUCUCUCCACUCCCAGCAAACCUAGCUUCCCUUAGUUUUCUCUACCAUUUUAUUGAGUCUGACUUUCUUUUCUAGAAUUCUGGAGAUAUCUAUGAAUGUAGCAUUGAUAACAGAUACAUCAUGACACCAGAUGAAAUGAGUCAGCCUAAUUGUUCCAGUCUGGAUAAUAGCGUUCCUGAAAAUUCUGAGAACCUACCACAUGACCACUUACCUGCUAUGUGGACUCAAGAUCAACUUCUUCUCAAAUUGCAGGACAUCCAGCAUUGCUCUAUGCUGGAGGAGGGACAAUCUGUAAAAGUAAGUUUAAGGUGGAAUUCCAGUUCUAGUUCGAUAUAACAGAUAUCUUAACAAAUGUAGGACAGCACAACACAAUCAAUGCCAUCAGGUUGUAUAAAAUUGGUAUUGAAGAGAAAUAGUAAUUCCUCACUAUUUUACAACAAACUAGAAAAGAAAAUGGCAGUCAUAUCUCCUAAGAUCAGGGAGCUAUUUCCUUAUCCGUAUAUUUAACAUGUGAUUGUGAGAUGUGAACAAUAACAUUAAACAUAGAAUUUCAGUCUUUUAUUCAGUGGCGCCAGUUCUGAGAAAUGACAAUAAAACCCAACAUUAAUGUGUCUGACUUUCUUUUCUAGGAUUCUGGAGAUUGCUAUGAAUGUAGCAUUGAUAACAGAUUCAUCAUGACACCAGAUGAAAUGAGUCACCCUAAUUGUUCCAGUCUGGAUAAUAGUGCUCCUGAACAUUCUGAGGACCUACCACAAGACCACUUACCUGCUAUGUUGAUCCAGGAUCAGCUUCUUCUCAAACUGCAGGACAUCCAGCAACGCUCUGUGCAAUCUGUGAAAGUAAGUUUAAGGUGGAAUUUCAGUUCUAGUUCGAUAUAACAGAUGUCUUCACAAAUGCAGGACAGCACAACACAAUGAAUGCCAUCAGGUUGCAUAAAAUUGGUAUUGAUACAGAAAUGUUACUUCCUCACUAUCAGUAUGACUGAGGAGGGUGGAGGUAUCCGGGAACUUGGAAGAAUCGAAUUGGUUUGACAUUAAACCAGGGAUAGCACCAGGACACUCUAAUAGUAAUUAAUGUAACUACUAUAACAAACUAGACUGGUUAUGGUGCUUACAGUUCCCUUUUAAUCAUUAUUUUCCCAAAUUCACUACUUCUCUCUCCAGUGGCGUACACACAAUCCAUGGGGCCCUGGUGCAAAACUGACCCUGCCCCCACCACCACCCCACCCACCACCACCCCAUUCCCCCCACUGCCACCCCAUACAGACACGCACAGAGAUACACACAUACGUACUGACACAUACAUUCACAUACAUAGACUAACAUGCAGACACACAGACACAUACGUAGACACACACACACACACAUACAUAGACACACAGAAACACACACACAGACAUAUACAUAGACACACACAGACACAUGCAUAGACAGACACAUACAUACAGAGACACACAUACACACACAGACUCACAGACACAUACAUACAGUCACACACACAUACAUACAGACACAUACAAAGACACACAUACAAACAUACAUACAAACACAUACACAGAGACACACACACAUGUGCAAAAUAUUUUAGUCACCCUCCUAUUACCUACCGUUUAGGUGCAGGAGGGUGACUUCCCUGGGGUCCAGUGGUCAGAUUGAUGGGAGUCAGACUUCCCACUCUGACUCCCUCUGCUUUCUCCAGCACGGCUCCUGGUGGUUGCUGGGAGGAGUGACUGCGGAAGUCACUUCCUCCCAGCGUCUGACAUCAUCAAAGUGGGCUCGGUCGCGCUGUUGCCAGGCCCACUCUGAUGAUGAUAUUCAUUUCCAUCGGGUUUCCUUAACAGCAUGGGCCACCCAAUGGGCCCCUUCACCUGCGGCCCGGGUAAGUAUACUGCGCGGUCGGGGCCACAACACAUGGCAGCAGGCACGCGGUAUGUACGCAGCUGUCUCUCUCCACUCCCAGUAAACCUAGCUUCCUUUAGUUUUCUCUACAAUUUUAUUGUGUCUGACUUUCUUUUCUAGGAUUCUGGAGAUAGCUAUGACUGUAGCAGUGAUAACAGAUUCAUCGUGACACCAGAUGAAAUGAGUCACCCUAAUUGUUCCAGCCUGGAUAAUAGCGUUCCUGAAAAUCCUGAGGACCUACCGCAAGAUCACUUACCUGCUAUGUGGAUUCAACAUCAGCUUUUUCUCAAAUUCCAGGACUUCCAGUAUCGCUCUGUGCAAUCUGUGAAAGUAAGUUUAAGGUGGAAUCACAGUUAUAGUUUGAUAUAACAGAUGUCUUAACAAAUGUAGGACAGCACAACACAAUCAAUGCCAUCAGGUUGUAUAAAAUUGGUAUGGAUAUAGCAAUGUUAAUUCCUCACUAUCAAUAUGGCAGAGGAGGGAGGAGGUAUCCAGGUACUUGGAAGAAUCUAAUUGGUUUGACAUUAAACGAGGGAUAGCACCAGGACACUCUAAUAGUAAUUAAUGUAACUACUACAGUGAGCUAUAAUGGUUAUCGUGCUUACAGUUCUCUUUUAAUCAUUAUUUUCCCAAAUUCACUACUUCUCUCUCCACUCCCAGCAAACCUAGCUUCCUUUAGUUUUCUUUACAAUUUUAUUGUGUCUGACUUUCUUUUCUAGAAUUCUGGAGAUAUCUAUGAAUGUAGCAGUGAUAACAGAUACAUCAUGACACCAGCUGAAAUGAGUCACCCUAAUUGUUCUAGCCUGAAUAAUGGCGUUCCUGAAAAUUUUGAGGACCUACCACAUGACCACUUACCUGCUAUGUGGAUUCAGGAUCAGCUUCUCAGAAUGCAGGACUUCCAGUAUUGCUCUGUGCAAUCUGUGAAAGUAAGUUUAAGGUGGAAUUCCAGUUCUAGUUCGAUAUAACAGAUAUCUUAGAAAAUGUAGGACAGCACAACACAAUCAAUGCCAUCAGGUUGUAUAAAAUUGAUAUUGAUACAGAAAUGGUAAUUCAUUGGUAUCAGUAUGACUGAGGAGGGGGAAAAAAUCCAGGUAUUUGGAAGAAUCUAAUUGGUUAAACAUUAAACCAGGGAGAACGGCAGGACACUCUAGUCACUAUAACCACUACAGCGAGCUAAAAUGGUUAUGGUGCUUACAGUUCCCUUUUAAUCAUUAUUUUCCCACAUUCACUGCUUCUCUCUUCAUUCUCAGCAAACCUAGCUUCCUUUUCACUACCCCGUGCUUCCUUUCCUUUAUUGAUCAAUAUGUUUCAGACUCAAUCGUUCAAACCCCCAACACCGUGGGUGAGCUUUCUAGUUGAGAUUAUGGCUACUAUCCCUUUAUAAAAGGAGAGCGGGUUAUGGCCUUCACAGUUUGCUCCAUACAUAGUUUCUGCUGCCUUGUCAAAUUAAAAUAAACACACAUUUUAAAAAAAUUAAAAGAAUCAUAUAAAAAUGAUAGAAAGUAUGAAAUGUAUACGAUAAUUUGCAUUUCUUGAUCAAUUGAGUUGCUGAAUUCUGGGUUUAGUAAAUAAAUCAGAGCGUUUGAUGCUUUAUCAAAGGGUAACAAUCACUUCCCAGGACGUUUAAUAUUAUAUUUACUUAUCCCUAAAUUCAACGACUAUCUGUUUGUGAGAUGUGAACGAUAAAAUUAAACGUAGAAAUCCACACCUCUUUAUACUGAAACUGGGCGCCUCCAUCUUAGCUCCCUGUCAGUCAUCGUUAAAAGCUCCGCCCUUUGCAUCUGACCGUCAGCACAGAGCGAUCAUACAGAAAGGAGGAGAAAUUAAACAAUGUUUCUCUAUGUCCUCUUCAUUUGCAUUGUGUGCCCUGGCUGUGCCAGAACUAAACAAAAAGAAAACAGAACAUCUCAUGAGAAACUGUUAACAUGUAUGUGAUUUUCAAUUUUUUAUUCAAUGGCGCACUUUCCAGAGGAGUGACGAUAAAACCCUUUUAUCGUGUCUGACUUUCUUUUCUAGGAUUCUGGAGGUAGCUAUGGAUGUAGCAUUGAUAGCAGAUUCAUCAUGACACCAGAUGAAAUGAGUGAACCUAAUUGUUCCAGUCUGGAUAAUAGUGUUUCUGAAAAUUCUGAAGAGCUAUCACAUGACUACUUACCUGCUGUGUGUACUCAGGGUCGGCCUACUCUCAGAAUGCAAGACUUCCAGCUUUGCUCUGUGCUGGGUAAAGGGCAAUUUGGGAAAGUAAGUUUAUGGUGGAAUUCGAGUUCUAGUUCGAUAUAACAGAUGUCUUAAAUUCAGGAUAGCACAACACUUUAUUCUUUCAUUUCAGGUUCUGCUGGCCGAGCACAAGGAAACAACCAACAUGUACGCCCUGAAAUUCAUAAAAAAAGUAAACUUAGAAUCACCACAUCAGUUCAACAAGUCAGUGAAUGCAGUAAUAAAUAUCUUGUGUUUGUGAAGAGGACCAUGUCCUGUUUCUGUGGGGGGUUUUUUCAUUUGAUUUUAGAGUCGAAGAAAAUAAACUUUUAUUUUCCUUUCCAGCCUUCUGAGUGAAAAGCGGAUAUUCCAGACAGUGAGCAAUAGGCGGCACCCAUUCCUUAUGAACUUGUUUGGGUGUUUCCACACCCGAGAUCACGCCUGCUUUGUUAUGGAGUAUGCAGCAGGGGGCGACCUUCUUACAUGCCUUGAUAACAACCAUGGCCCAUUUCCAGAACCCAGAGCAGUGUGAGUAUAAGCAGCAUUCUGUCCAUUUAUCGAUAUCUCAUCCAAUGUUCUACAGAUGGUGGCUUGAGCUGGGCUACACCUUCCAUAACAUCUUGUCAGAUUAUGAAUUAAUUCUGGGAUAUCACACUUUGUUUAAAUUCUGUGUUUAUUUAGUUUAGAAUGACUUUAAACUGUAUAACUUUAUAUCCUAUGAGCUGCUGUAUAUAUCUUUACCAUUAUGUGUCAAUGCUGGAUCAGAGCAGUUACUUCUGACCACAUACACCGCUGUCUGCACCAACUAUGUCUAAUGACUCUGCAAGUAUCGGCAUUGGUGAAUUGAACCUGCUGUAAGUGAUAAACAACCAAUCACCAUUGUAUCAGCUCAUACAUAACACACUAGCAGUGAAAGACAUGAGGAAACCUGGGAAUUAAUGUACUCUGUCAGAAUACAGAGUUGGAUAUAUGGAAUAAAACCAUUUAAUCGUGCAAACACUCUAUCUUCUAGAAAGCCAUUCAUUUAUUUAUUUUUCCCCAGAUUUUAUUCUGCAUGUGUCGUCCUUGGACUUGAGUAUUUACACGAACAAAACAUCGUCCACAGGUAAGCCUAUAAAAAAACAAAACUACACGUUAUUUAAGUGUUAUUUAUAGCACACAGUCUGUCUAACCCAGUUUAAUUAUCUAGAUUAAGUUAUUAAUUUUAACCAAUUAAAAACCCUGAACAAUGAGAGCUAUUCUAAGUGCUUCUACUGUUAUGUAAAAUGAAUAAAACUUCCUUUUCUACAUUUUAAUCUAGAGAUCUGAAGCUUGAAAACAUUGUUCUGGAUGAGAGAGGAUUUGCGAAGAUAACUGACUAUGGUCUCUCUAAAGAAGGUAAAUAGAAUGCUCUAAUAUAAUUUUAGAUACAAAAAGGUCACACUUACUAAGUUCAAAUCAGUUAUCUUUCAUUUAAACAGCCAUUUAACAUAUAAUAGGAUGUCUAUAAAAGGUAUGCUUAAUUCCAAAACUGACAUAAAGGAACUUUAUAACAUUAAAAAUAAGAGCAUUUAUUUUAAAUGUAAAUUAUUCCUAAGUGGGCCUCCCGUUUCUUUUCCAGCAAUUUUUUAUGAAUGGGCAGUGACUGAUUGCUGAGAGCGUCAGCUGACCGCUCCCAGACAAUCAGCAGUCGCCCUGCCCAGUGGCACUCCGUGCUUCUUAAAACUGUAAUUUCAGAAGCCGGAUGCCGCCUGAGGGAAGUAGUGAUUGGAGAUGGAGGCUCACUUUGAGAUUAAACAGUUCAAGAAUGGUUUGACCACUUGAGAUAGGCGUGCGCCCUGGAGGCCUCCUGGCACCAUAACAACUUCAAUUACGUUUUUAUGGUGCCCGGAGUGUAAGUGUAUAAAGUACUUCUGUUUUUUUUUGUUUUUUUAUCAAACUAUAUUUAAGUAUUUUCCUGAUAGUCAGACCCAGCCACGGUGCUGCCACUGAGAUAAUUGAAAUUUUCGGAUGGAAAUGAUAUGAGAAGUUGCGGCAGCAACAAACUUAAAGAAAGUCAUAUCCAAAUGUAAAUUGCUCAAAUUGAACAUCUAUCCUCAACUUAUAUACAAUUCUAUUUUCACUAUUUCUGAGGAAUUGGAUACGGAGAUAGAACAAACAGCAUUUGUGGAACUCCUAAUUAUCUGGCUCCUGAAAUGGCCAAGCGCAAGACAUAUACAAGAUCUGUGGACUGGUGGAGCUUCGGAGUGGUUAUUUAUGUAAUGUUAACUGGAAACGUAAGAACAAUCUUUCAUUAAGAAUUUAUAGUCAGAUUUCUGUUUAGAAAAUAUAAAGAGAUUCUGCCAAGUAUUUGCUUUUAACAUGACAGCAAUCUUUAUUAAAAAGUUGCUCUAUUUAUUUUCGGUUUUGUUUUAUUACUUUUUGUUGGCCUCCCCUCUUCCAAUAAUUCCUCUCUCUCCAACAUUCACACCCACAUUUGUAUACAAACGUAUCUCACCCCAAAACAGACACCCCCAAUUAAUUAACUCCUCCCUUCCAAACACAGAACCCACAUUCCCUGACCGUUAUUUUUGCACUCGUUUACCUGUCAUUUUCCUUCAACUAUUAUAUUCCAACAUUUCUUUACAAUGAACCCAUCCUUAUCCAAAUCACAUCUCAAAUUAACCCCUCCCCAUAAUAGAUCAAGACAGCUUCAAUACCCUGUAAUUAACCCCUGACCCUUGGUUCCCAAAUCUAAAUCUUUUACCAAUGAAUUAUCUCCAUCUUUUGCUCUGCCCCUGGUCCAGUUACUUAGUGCUCCGGUGGCUGACAAUGUGUGCAUACAUCGUGUGUAACCCUCUGUAUACCACUUCUUUGUGAAUACCUAUACGGUCAGAGGAUGUUUAGUAGUUCUGACUCUAAUAAACAUCCCACCUACUAACUUGCUUAAAUGUUUUGUAUUUAACUUUUUUUGUCUCCUGACAAAAAGAAAAAAGCCAUCGUAACCCAAUGUUACUGUACAAAAUAAAACAAAUAAUACUAGAUGACAAUUUAAAAAGUAAAUAAAUAAAAACACCAGGAGAAAAUUAAUUAUACAAUAGACCAUGGAUGCCAAAAAGGUAGAUCUUCCAUGAUGCUUUUUCAUUGUAAAGGUAUGCAAAGCAUCAUGGGAGUUGUUGUUAGAGAGCAUCUGGGGAUCUACCUUCUAGGCACCCCCUGAUAUAGACCUUCCAGUCCUUUAUCUCAGAGCUCAAAAAUUGAUAUUCCCUGCGGUCUUGAAAAUCGCUCAGCGUUUUGAAAAUUCCAGCCAAUCACAGUGCAUCUCCGGACGCGUUUCUCUCCCCUGCGGUACGCCUGAUGAUGUAUUUCACGACAGCGUUCAGUUAUCUUUCACAUAUUAUAUACACUCGCACACACAUGGUUGUUGAGUUGUGAUAUACACAUUGUGUCAUCUGUACUACGAAGAUUAUAAAACCCUAACUAUUAAUUUAUUGCUCAGCUUUCAGCUACUACAAUUUACAACUUAUUCAAACCUUAACUGAGGUUUUUUUAAAUGUAAUUUUUCUCUAGUUACCCUUCGAAGGCCGUGAUGUUGAAACGCUUUAUGCUAAAAUUGCCAAAUGUAAACUAAAAAUUCCAGAGUCAUUGUCUAGUGAAGCCACUUCAAUACUGAGUAAGGUAAGUUGUCACGCAAAUUUAAUAUAUCAUACAACCCAUGCUGAAAACAUGCAUUCGCCAUAGAUGAGUGGAGAUUCAGACCUAGCAAGCUGCCCUGAGAUAGGGGAAUUCUGUAGAAUGGGCAGUAAAGAAUGGAGGUCCGGCUGACCUUUGGGAGAGGAAAUGUAUCAGUUUUUUUAUUUUAUGUUUAUACAAUAGUUCUCUUAUUGGUCAUGCAAAUUUUCAAUGCUAUAUAUUCACCUUGAAUUUGAUGUAGCUAGCUGUGUGUGUUAAUGCUGGUAAAGAAACAUUCAUUAUUACAGAGUAUUAAAACAAAACCCGAAAUAUCUGCUCACUUAUUCUAUGACAUCCAUAAAUGAUGCAAUAUUACAUCUAACACUCAUUCUCUAUAGUUAUGUGACUCACAGCGCCCACUAGUGACUUGUAUAAAAACAUAGUAGCAGUUACAAACCGUGUACAAACACCACCACGAUUUAUCCUGGCGUAAAACAUUGCAUUGUCAGCAUCCCCCUCAAACAGUGAGGUUACUACCCACUAUAUGUUUAUUUAUAAUUAAUAGCGAUAAUACACAUUUUUCCUUUACCUUUGUUCUGUCCCUUUGAGUAUAACGCUGAAGAAGUAAAUACGAAAAUACAAAAAUAAUGCAUUUCACAUGAACAGUACUGAGCAUUGAACAUCUCAAAAUACACUCAGGGCUGGUGCAAGGGUUCUUGGUUACACAGGCAAAAAUCCAUUUAGCGCCUCCCUUCACACUCUUCUCCCCCUGUUGUGCAGUUCUCACACAGAUAUCUCAUACCCUGGACGGACGCACACCCACAGGACCUCCAACAGGGCCCGACUUACUGUUAAUAUUCCUGAUGUUUAGCAUUAAAAUUAACAAAACCUAUUUUACAAAAUUCCUUUUACAGUUACUGACUAAAAAACAUGAGAAACGUCUAGGAUCCAGUGAGAAAGACGCACAGGAAGUGAAGGACCAUCCUUAUUUUCAAGUACGUACAUAUGGUUUUUUGUUUUGUGUUUUUUACUGUGGUUUUGUCACUAAAUAUUUGUGUGAUUUUAGGAAAAAUAAAAUCUUUGUAAUAUACUGAAAUUCUAACACAGCCAAACGAGAACAUAAGAAAACUAGGGAAUCCUAUUGGGAUCUAAACAAAAUGUGGCUUUUUGGGCAUAUUAGCUGUUAUCUUGUAUUUUAUAUAGUCUUGGUUUGUACGUGAUGCUCAUUAUUUUACAAAUUCCUUUACAGCAUAUAGAUUGGAACGCAUUAUUAUUACAAAAUGUGACACCUCCAUUUGUGCCAACCAUCAACGGAGCCGAAGAUGUCAGCAACUUUGAUGCGAUAUUCACCUCGGAAGCGCCUAUUAUAACUCCACCAGCAAGACGAAGAGUUCCACCGUUAAUGGAGAAGAAGACAUUUGAGGAUUUUUGUUGGAGGGCAGAUUGGAGUUAA